AUGCUACCUUUUUUGUUCCCUCGUGCAAAUGCGCAAGUGUCCCCUUUGCUCUGGAAUGGCUCUUAUAUCGUACUUGCUAAUCUCUUCCAGGUACCAGGUGAUUCCUGCUGGCCUUCGAUCGAUUCAUGGAACUCCCUGAACACUACGGUCUCAGGAAAGCUCAUUCUCGACACGCCACCUGCCAUUUCCUGCUAUCCUGGCCCCUACGAGGAUGCGGAGCAAUGCGCCUAUGUUCUCUCUCAGUGGCGCAAUUCCACUUUCCAGUCACUCUCACCCGUUGGCUACGUCUACCCCACGGUCGACUCAUGUCUUCCCGUAGCGGCAGGCCAGACGCCUGGAAACUGCACCCUGGGACAAGCGCCGCUGUAUACCGUCAACGCAACGGAGGUUAAGGAAGUGGCAGCGGGUAUUUCUUUUGCAAAGAAGAAUAAUCUGCGCCUGGUUGUGAGAAACACAGGACAUGAUAUUCUGGGCAAGUAUGUGCUUUCAUGCUCCCCCGCUAGAUAUACAAGUGCUGACGGAACUAGGUCGGAAGGAUACGGUGCCCUUCAAGUCUGGAUGAAGUAUCUCAAGAAGGGUAUCACAUACCACGAGACCUACCAGCCCUCCGAUGGCUGUGCCAACACCAAGUGGAGUGGAGCUGCCUUCACCGUGGCCGGUGGCUAUGUUUGGGGAGAAGUGUACGCUGAAGUUUUCAAGCGCAACAUGACCAUUGUUGGUGGUGGGGACCCGACUGUUGGCGCCAUUGGUGGCUAUCCUCAGGGUGGCGGUCAUUCCCCUGCCAGCCGCGACUAUGGUCUCGGAGCCGACCAAAUCCUCGAAGCUCAAGUCGUCCUGGCGGAUGGCAGCAUUGCCAUUGCCAACGCUUGCCAGAACUCUGACCUCUAUUACGCCAUCCGUGGUGGCGGUGGUGGUACCUACGGUGUGGUCACCUCCAUGACCUUCAAGGCCUAUCCCACUCUGCCAGUCGUCGUCCAAUCGCUCACCAUUGCCCCCAUCAAUGGCGAUCUCGAUGCUCUCCUUGAAGCCGUCACCGAUAUCUACGGCCAGUACCCCGCUCUCUCUGACGCUGGCUACUCUGGAUACGGUACCUGGGCUGUCAAUGCCCCCAUGACCAUCUUCGGCAACCAGAACGUUGGUUAUGUGCACGCCAUCGCGACCAUGGGCAAGUCCCUGAGCGCCUCCCAAGCCGCCUUCGCCCCCCUGAUGUCCAAGCUGCAGCAAUACAACGGUACCUCUCUGUCCGUCAACGUCGAUUACUUCCAGUUCCCUACUUAUGCGGCUUACUACACCGCCAUGUCUGGCGUGCACCAACCCGCCGGAACGGCCAACUCUGCCCUGACCUCCCGCAUGUUCAGCAAGCUUUCUCUCACUGCCGACCGCGCCAGUCUCCGCAAGAUGAUCGGCGUCAUCGCCGGCUCUCCCCAGGAGUACACCAUCAAUAGCAUGGAGAUGGUUGGCGGUGGCAAGGUCCUCACCGACGGCUCCGACCCUUUUUCCAGCGUCAAUCCCGCCUGGCGUUCUACCUACAUCGUGCAGGUUGUCGCUCGCGGCUGGGCUGCGACCUCCAGCGCCGCCGUCGCUCAGUCCGUCAAGGACGACAUCACCUACGUCAAGGGAGGAGCCAUGAGAUCCCUUACCCCCUUCCUAGGAAGCUACAUGAACGAGGCUGACCGCAACGAUCCCCUCUGGGCCAGCGACUUCUUCGGCAUCAACUACAUGCGUCUUGCGCUGAUCAAGAAGAAGUACGAUCCCCAGGGAGUCUUCUACUGCCCUAAGUGUGUGGGCAGCAUGUUCUACUACCAGAAGAACCUGGAUGGACUGGACUACGGCCCGUUGUGCUCUCUCCUGUAG